UGACCAUAUGACAGUCAGUUUAAUAUCGAUAAGUGUUGGUUGUUUUUAUAAACACAGUGUUAAAAAAAUUUUGUUUUUCUAAUAAUUUAAGAAUUUUUAAUAAAUUUGUGAAUUAGAAGUAUAAUAUGUCGCGUUUUAGUGGAGCAUUACAACUAACAGAUCUUGAUGAUUUUAUAACACCUUCGCAGGAAUGUAUAAAACCCGUCACUAUCGAAAAAACUAAAACUAAGACGGGGGCAAAAAUAUCAAUCCAGGAAGACGGUUACUAUGAAGAAACGGCAGCAGGAAAACAAAAAUUGCAAAAAGUAGAAAUCACUUUACAAGAUUGUUUGGCAUGUUCUGGUUGUAUAACCUCAGCCGAAGGAGUACUGAUCACACAACAAAGUCAGGAAGAGGUUUUCAAAGUAUUACAAGAAAAUAAAGAGUUAAAGGCAAAUGAAACUACUAUUGAACAAGCACGCAAAAUAGUUUUUACUGUUUCUCAACAACCUAUAAUAAGUCUGGCACAACGUUAUGGCUUAACAGUGGAAAAGGCGGCCGAACAUUUAAGCGGUUAUCUAAGACAAUUGGGAGCUGAUUAUGUUCUUACCACAAAAGUAGCUGAUGAUAUGGCUUUACUAGAAUGUCGUAAUGAAUUUAUUGAACGUUUUCGUGAUAAUGACCCCAGUAAACCAUUUCCUAUGUUGUCAUCCUCCUGCCCGGGUUGGGUUUGUUAUGCCGAAAAAACACAUGGAACUUUUAUAUUACCCUAUAUAGCUACAACACGUUCACCUCAACAAAUUAUGGGUGUUUUGGUUAAGCAAAUGUUGGCUGAAAAGUUGAAUAUUUCUUCGGAUAAAAUUUAUCAUGUCACCAUUAUGCCCUGUUAUGAUAAAAAAUUGGAGGCCUCAAGAGAAGAUUUCUAUAAUGAAGCUUUAAAUUGCCGGGAUGUGGAUUGUGUUAUUACUUCAAUUGAAAUUGAACAAAUGCUAAAUGAAGAUCCUUUGCAAAGCUUUCCUAUUUCUAAUUUUGACUGGCCUUGGUCUGAAGCAAAUGAAAUGGCAGAUACUAAUAUAUGGGCUCAUGAAAGUAGUACUUCUGGUGGCUACUCGGAACACAUUUUUAAAUAUGCAGCAAAAGAAUUAUUUGAACAGGAUUUAAUAACAGUGGAAUAUAAAAAUUUAAGGAAUCCAGAUUUUCGUGAAGCCUCUUUAGAAAUUGAUGGAAAAUGUGUGCUUAAAUUUGCUAUAGCCAAUGGUUUUCGUAAUAUACAAAAUUUAGUGCAAAAACUUAAACGUGGUAAGGUACAAUAUCAUUUCGUAGAAGUUAUGGCUUGUCCUUCUGGUUGCAUUAAUGGUGGCGCCCAAAUUAGACCACCCAAUGGCCAACAUGUUAGAGACUUAACCGUACAAUUGGAACAACUUUAUCGUCAAUUGCCUCAGUCAAAUCCAAAUAAUGCUUGUACAAAGUCAAUAUAUAAUAAUUUCUUUGAUGGCUCACAUACUGAUAAAGCAAAAAUGUUAUUACAUACAAAUUAUCAUGCUGUGGAAAAAAUGAAUACUGCUUUAAAUAUUAAAUGGUGAAAUUGUUUAUA